UGAUACUUUAUUGACAGUAUAAAAGUAUAAAGUAUACCAUCGACAGUCGUCGAUAAGGUUUAUAUGAAAACUAAAAUAGAAAUUUUUGAAAAAAUAGCAAAAGGAAUAUGGCAGUGUACUACGAAAGUAAUAAACAUCUGUAAAAAAGAAUGAAAAAAUUCUCUUUCUUGAAUUCAUGAACGCGUUGUGUGACCGGAACCUAUAAAAUAUCGAGGAUGAUGGACGUGACUUUAGAGCGAUCGUGAAACUUCACGUCGGCUACGACUUACCAGCUGUCAGCCAUCGGAGUUGUGAACGCUUUUUAUUAAUUUGGAAAGUGACGUUUCUCCCGUUUCACAAGCGCGUGCCGUCCCUCGUGGAGAUAAUUUCCGAUACCGUUUGUCAAUUCCACGCGGAAAUCUGGCCGGAAAUGGACAGUAACGCUCGUCACAAUACGCCGCCUCAAACAAGUGCGGAUACCAGCGGCGAAACGUCACAUCAGAACGAAAUUCCUACAGUUACUGUAGCUAUGCCAUUCAUGCAAGUUGAUAUACUCAGUCAUUCCGGAACUUCUGCUGCUGGUACACAGGCAAAUAAUCUGACAACAGCAAAUCGGAUGGUCGAUGGAGAAGAGAUACCACCUCCAAAACCAGACUUUUCUGCACCACCUCCUUACGAAGUAGCUACCAAAUUGCCCAGUUAUGAAGAAGUGCAGCGUGAAAAAACUCUACAAGGCGAGCCACAACCUCAAGUACAUAUGCCAGGAAAUAUUAGAUCACCACAACAACCUCUGACAAUAUUGGCUAUAGAUACCGAAGCUGCAGAGGGAGAUCCAGAAAGUGGAUUACUUGGUACAGACUUUAUGUUCUUCACAGCAUUUCUUGUUGCAUUCCUAUUCAAUUGGAUUGGGUUCUUGUUGCUGAUGUGUUUCUGUCACACUAUUGCCUCUCGUUAUGGUGCGCUGGCUGGUUUUGGCUUGUCUCUGACAAAGUGGACACUCAUUGUCAAACACUCUACCGAUCUUGCUUCGCGUGAGAACUCAUGGCUUUGGUGGUUGAUAAUGGCAUUUGGAGUCUUAAUUUGUGUACGUGCCAUCAUUCAAUAUUUGAACAUCAAACGCGGUUGGAGACUGUUGUCCGGCAGCGCACAGGAGCGUUUACUUUUUUUCUAUUAAAAAUCGUUGAAUCUGCACCUCUCUUCUUUAUUCAACUUGGCUUUAGAACAAAGAGCAUUUUUAUGUGGGGUCAUAUUUGUAUAAUAUAUAAUCGACAGAUUAUUAUAUAAAUUGUAAUAUCUAUCAAUCGUGUCUAAUAUAGAACAAAAACAAAGAUCUUAAAAACGGUUUGCCAAAUUCACUGCGUGAAACGGAGAUAAUGCGAAAAAAGAAACGAAAAAGAGAAAUUUAUUUCUCGCGUAUACAUCUAUAUUCACACAUCCUGAAACACAUACACUACUUUAAGUGUUAUCAUACAAGAUAGGGUACGGGAAGAAAAAAUGUACUUUUUUAUUGCUCAAAAUAAUAUGAAAAAUGCUUAAAGCCAAUGAUCUUAUUAUUCAUUUGCUGCGUAUUAUACAUUUAAAUCACUGAAAUAUGUAAACACGCG